GGAGGCCCCAGGACAAGGACACCUACCACGCCAUGCUGUGCCGUCUGCCUUCCAGGCUGCCAGCCAGGAUGUGGGGCAGGACUUCAGAGAAACAGUCAUGGAGGGACAGCAGUCGGACUGCUCCACCAUGUCUUAUUCGUAGACUUGAUCACAUUGUGAUGACAGUAAAGAGCAUCAACGACACCGCAAUGUUUUAUUCCAAGAUCCUGGGCAUGGAGGUCACAACUUUCAAGAAAGACCGGAAAGCACUGUGUUUUGGAGACCAGAAAUUUAACCUCCACGAGGUGGGAAAGGAAUUUGAACCCAAAGCCGCUCACCCGGUUCCUGGUUCCCUGGACAUAUGUCUGAUCACAGAGGUGCCUUUGGAGGAAAUGAUCCAGCACCUUAAGGCUUGUGAUGUCCCCAUUGAGGAGGGUCCAGUUCCCAGAACGGGGGCAAAGGGACCUAUUAUGUCCAUCUACUUCAGAGACCCCGACAGAAAUCUGAUUGAGGUGUCCAACUACAUCUCCUCAUGAUAAAAACUGACCUUCCUCCACUCUGUUCCCCAAGAGAUCACCCUCUCCCUUCCUUCCUGCAAACCUUUGCCUAGGCCCAGAGACCUCCGAGGCCUGAAGACUUAGACACUUCACAUAUUCUGCUGGGAGGACCUGUCAGGUUUGGGCCCAAACCUACAUGUCUGGAUGUCUUCCAUCCAAGCUGCCUCAAUAAAUAUAUAACCUCUCAAU